AUGGAAGAAAAAGAAAAGACGAAGUUUGAAUAUUCUCCAGAUCCCUCUUCUCCAAUGAAAGAGGACCUUCUUAACCUCCCCGAAACCUCUCAGAAUACUGAUCUGUUCCAAAAAUCUGAUAAUCUAUUUGAUUCUAAUUCAGAAUCAGAAGAGGACACUGAAAGGCAAACAAGAGUCAGUGGUAAUAGCAAAACUCUACUCCAUGUCAUGCAAGAGGAUACUCCCCAAAAGGAUCUGUUCUGUGAAGCAAGAAAAUGAAAUCUUGAUGACUCAGAAUCACGAGAAGCUCACCAAAACACCAUUGGAUGUAUUGUGAACAAUCUCGAAGAAAUAGAUUACCAAAAUAACGAGAAUACUUUCGAAUACAAUAGACGCCAAUCUUCACAUGAAUGGGAAGAUGGGAAAACAGAAGGUGAGGACGAGGAAAAGUCCAUUGAAAUGAUAUUCUCUGAAUCUUGUAAAGAAGUCACAGUUACAAGAGACACUUGAAUUCCCCUCAAAAAGUCAGCCUCUAAUUCACUUAACCUUCAUAAUAAUGACCCAGAUACAUUAGGAGAGGAAAAUCCUAGUGAAAUAGAUGAAGUUUCUGCUAAACUUAUGGCGAGGAUAAAAGAAAUGAAACAAAAGAAAAAGGACGAGUCUUCGAAAGAAUUCAGUAACAUUAAAACAGAGGAUUUCGGUUUCAGUAUGAAUUCACCAAUCGAAAUUUCCCCUAUGCAGACCCAAAAUAUAAAACUGGAGACAGUGAAUGAACAGGAUGAAAUCUUCCACCAAAGCAUGAAGAAUCAUGAGAGGAAAAACUCAUCUUCUAGCGAUAGCAACUCUAUCACCUAUAGAGAAAGAAUGUUAGUAACCCAAUUUCUUCAAGCCCAAAAGAAGAAGGAACUAGGACUUUUAAAUUCCUUCAAAGCCAAAAUCUCUAACCUUAAAGAGAUGCUAAAGAAAGAAAUUGCGAUAAAAUUCGUGCUUCUUGAGAAAAGUAAAAAGCUACAUGCUGAGAACACUAAAUUAAGGGAUCUCUUUGGCACAAAUAUUCUUAACAAAAAUAAAAACUUCAAGGAGGUCUCCUGCCAAGUCAGCAUCGACUCUAGCUGUAUGGCAAAUGAGCUCACUAAGAAAGGCUCCAUUGGAAAGUUCUAUAAAGAAAAAUACAACAAUCAGUCUAAGAGUAAAGGCAGCCAAGAAAUAACAGUUGAACUUCGUCCAGAUUCUGAAAAGAGCAAUCGUACAGCAAAAAACCAAAAUGAAACAGUAAGAGAUUUGAAGAAGUCAAACCAAGGCAUUCCAGAAUCUAGGAAUCAUACGAGUAUGAGUAACACUUCUGAGAAACAGAAGAAAAAGAUCAAGCCCCAAUCCACUAAUCCAAGAGUGAGAAGGCGUAGCCGCGUGGACAGAACUAAGGGAAAACAGAAAAAGUCUGCACUGAAGGAUCUUGGUCCUGGAACAACUAUUAUCGUAAUCCAAAAGAACGAAGAAAGUCAAGAAACUUUUCAACGUGAGAUAGGAGAUUUCAACACUCUUGAAGAAGAAAUUCAGAAGAUCAGAAAUGAUGCUAAGCCUAUUGGGGCAAAAGGAACCAAAUAUAAGUCUGAAAAUAGAGUGAAGCAGAAAUUGGGAAAUAAAAACCAAUCCUUCAUCUACACUCAAAAGAAGGGUAAACCUCCUCUGGUGAGUCCUAAUUCCAAAGAUGUAAGGAAAAAUUCUCAAAUUCCUCGUCUCGGAGAGACCAAAACCUCUAUAAAAUCAAAGAGGAAUAGCCUAGCUGUGUCAUCACCUACCAUGAAGAGCCAAAAGUCAUCAAGUCGGACCAACAGCAAAGACUCUAAGCUAGCAAAGCCUUCAUCUAAAACGUCAACUGAUACGGUGAAACAUCAACAACGCAAAGAUUCUACUACUCAACAUGAGAAGAACACUCAAGGAAUUGAUGACCUCAUUGAACAAAAGAAGCAAGCUCUAGGAAUAAAGCCACUCGAUUCAACUAUGAAGAACUACAAACAAGUUCUCAACGAGAACAAAAAGCUCCAGAAGCUAGUGGAAGAACAGAAGCAAAAAUUAAGAAAAAUGAGACAAGAGAGAGUCCAACAAAUCCAAGAGAUGAAGAAGGAGAAGGAAGAGAAAAAGAAACUCGAGCAAUAUAUUAAGCAUGAUACUCCUGUCAAAGGACGUAAGAACAGGUCUGGGUACAGGAAGGGGUCAAGAGAAUGUUCAAACACCUCUAAUGACAGCAAGAUGUUGGUUACAUCACCUAACUAUCGAUAUAAGUCUGAGUACACCAAAGCUAAAGCUCCUAUAACUGAUGAUUUCAAGCUAUAUGGCCUUGAGAGUACCGAAAAGGCUAAAGGAAGAGGUUAUAAAAACAAAGCAGCUGUUCAACAACCUAAAAUUGGCGGAAGGGAGCAUUCUGAGAUAAUAAGUACAGAAAUUCUGAAGAAAUCGACUCAACAGUUGCUUCAAACUUCAUUUAACAACCCUGAGAAGAUAGAUAAAAUUCAUAAAAUGGAGAAAUAUGAUGACGAUUAUGAAAAGUCAGUGACAAACUACUGCUCUGUUCCGCUUAAAAAGUCAAUGUCAUACUCAGAAUCCCAAAUAAUUGUUGAGAAGCCGGAGAGGGAAGGAAGUAAGGGCCUCAAGAAGUCCUUUAAAUAACGAAUCAAUUUUGUUUUCUCCUCAAAAAUCCGCUGGAGAUAAUAAACUUCAAAGGAGAGAAGCUGAGAUUAGUAGGAGAGGUGGAAAAGAUCCUUCAGGUAAUAUGAAAUCGAACACAUUGCUUAACAAGAGCAUGGGCUUCACCAAAAAAAUGAAUAACAUAAAAUCACCCACAAAGUUGAGUAAAAGUAACAAGUAUUCUAGUAGAAAAGGAUCUGAUGUUAUCCAUGAAGAGAAUAAACAUGCGAUGACGAGGCAACAAAGGAAGGAAAAUACUGGCUCUCUCAAGUUCCACACGGCAAAAAGCCAGAGCAAACAAUCAAGAACUAGUAUGAGCACAAAGAAGAUCUACCGAAUGGGAAAUAAAUCCAGAACUUCUGACCGAAGCUUCAGAGAAGAUGAUGACACUAGUCAAGAGAAAUCCAUAUCUACUACUAAAAUGGACUCUACAAAGCUCAUUGAAAUCCCUGAAAAAUCUAAAUGAGAGGAAAAUUCUCUCAACACGACUGAAAAAGAAGAUGAGCUCUUAAAAAAGUCUUGUAAACACUCUGGCAAGCUAGACCCCAAGAAACCUAAGCCAUGGAUUUAG